UACGCCUCUCUACGUUUGAGGAGGAGCGAAUGGGGCCCCACAGGAAGGCCCGACCGGCGCCCCUCUCACCCGGGCGCGCGCCGGCCAGUGGCCCCGGGACCGGACGACCGAGGGCCUUCCGGGGAGCGGGCCGGGCCGGGCGGAAGGAGGGGCCGCGGCGGCGAUCGCGCCGCCCGACCAUGGCGCCUGCGGCCGGGCGCGGGGCGCCGGGCCUGUGGCGCGCCUGCAACUGGCUCAUGGGCGCCUUCUUCGCGCUGGCGGCCUUCGUGCAGGUGAAUGACCCAGAUGCAGAAGUGUGGAUGGUUGUGUAUACAAUUCCUGCCGGUCUGACCCUGCUUGUUGGACUUAACCCUCUUGUCACAGGUAACUUUAUUUGGAAGAGUGUCUCUGCAAUACACAUAUUCUUCUGUAUCGUGUGGGCUGUUGGCUUGGCAUACAACCUCUUGCUUCAUACAAAACAGAACAUCUUACAUGAGGAAGAAGGCAGGGAGCUCUUUGGUCUGGUGAUUAUCACAGCGUGGUUGAGCCUGUGCCACAGCGCAUCAAAGAAUCCAGUUGGUGGAAGAAUUCAGCUGGCUGUUGCUAUCACAGUUGCUCUUUUCCCAUUUAUCUCAUGGGUCUAUAUAUAUAUAAACAAGGAGAUGCGGUCCUCCUGGCCAACUCACUGCAAGACAGUAAUUUAAAUGAAGAAUCCUGUUCUUAAAAUGAGA